ACAGUAUGUAUUAGAUCCCAUUGCGUUCAGUUAAUACAAGCUUAAAAAUAAAAAAAUGCUAUUUGUUAUUUUGGCUUCGAGGUAAAUUGAAAAAACAAUAAUGAAUAAAAUAUCGUACAUUAAGCGAAUUAUUGUGCCCCUGGGAAACACGAUUAUAAAAUGUAUACCGCAAACAGUACAUGGUAAUUAUAACACUAUUUUUUAAAUGUUGCAUAGGAAUAUAACCUAUUUAUUGGAUUGGAACUUGGUUAUUUUAGCUCGGAAAAUUCAUCGCUGGGUUGCGCCGACAUUAGUAGAGUUUAAGAGAAGAGAAGAUAAAUUGGGUGGCAAGAAGUACUAUCCACGUAAUACAUUUUUAGAAUGGAAUUUAGAAGCUGAACUGUAUGCCUUUGGAAAACGGUUGAACGAAGAUUUCGAUUCAGAUCUUCUACUGCAGGCUUUCACUGAUAGAUCAUACGUAAUCAAAGAGGAAAUCAAACAAAAAGAAAUGGGCAUUGAUAUUAAAAUGAAGGAUAACCGAGAAUUGUCGAUAGAAGGUGAGAAGUUUAUAAAAGAAUAUGUCCAGUUGUACUUGGAAACAGUUUUACCAAAGUUCCCUUUAGAAGGUGUGACCAGUAUCAGCAAUCACUUACUAAGUGAAGAAACUCUGGCUGUCAUAUCGCUACACUUAGGUACUAAGGACAUCAUAUUAGCAGCUGAGUAUCCAGUAGACAAUUUUAUUUUGGCAAAUACAUUCAAAGCUAUAGUUGGUACUUUACUACAAUCAUCAGGUGAAGAGAGAACUGCUCAUUUCGUGAGAGAUUUUGUCAUUUCUCAGUUACAAGGAAAAGAUGUAAAUGAAUAUUGGGUCAUUCCUAAUCCUUACAGUAUGUUGACUAAUAUUUUAAAGGAAGAUGGUGCUGAAUUGGAACCACGCUUGAUUGGCGAGGCAGGCAAGAAUACACUACUUGCUUGUUACAGAGUUGCCAUUUAUGUUAAUAAAAAUAUGAUAUCCUCAGGUUAUGGAGAGACAGUUGCAAUUGCUAAAGAAAUGGCAGCUCGAGAGGCUCUCAAGAAAAUAUUUGGAACAGAAGAUCAUAUGAAACCGAUUAACUUCCAACUAGAAGGCAUACCAAAACCAAACACAAAUGUCCGUUAUCAAUUAUCUGCCAGCUAGAAUUAAAAUUAUUGAAAGUAAAGAUGAAACUGGUUUUAUAUCAGUGUGAUGAGUAAUACAUGUGAUGCUUCAAAGUAGUACAUUUAUCCUUAUCUGCAUG